AACAGCAAAUUUCUAACCUGUUGAGAGCAAAUAACUGAAAAAGAGAGAAAUCAAACAAAAAGCAACAGCAACAGCAAAAACAACAAUCGAAAACGUGUUAAAACACACGCACACACGCACACUCUCACACCAAAUUCAGAGGAAAAGCGAAGACAGAAGAAAUAAACAGUAGAGCGUAUUAGAGCGAAGAGCCAGUGGUAAAGAAAAUGUGCGCGUCGUUGCGUCGUAAUUUGUUGCUGCAAGGCCUUUUGGCUGUUGUCGUUGUCAUUGGCACGGUGCAGGCCGCCUCCCCGCGCUGGGAACCACAAAUCGCCGUGCUCUGCGAGGCUGGCCAAAUCUAUCAGCCGCAAUAUCUAUCGGAGGAGGGACGCUGGGUUACGGAUCUGAGCAAGAAGACAACGGGCGCCACAUGUUUGCGUGAUAAAAUGGAUUUGCUUGAUUACUGCAAGAAGGCUUAUCCUAAUCGAGAUAUCACCAAUAUUGUGGAGUCAUCGCACUAUCAGAAAAUUGGUGGCUGGUGCCGUCAGGGCGCCUUGAACGCGGCCAAGUGUAAGGGAGCCCAUCGCUGGAUCAAACCAUUCCGUUGUCUAGAAGGACCAUUCCAAUCGGAUGCACUGCUGGUGCCCGAGGGCUGUCUCUUCGAUCAUAUACACAACGCUUCGCGCUGCUGGCCCUUCGUGCGAUGGAAUCAGACAGGAGCGGCCGCCUGCCAGGAGCGUGGCAUGCAGAUGCGCAGCUUUGCGAUGCUACUGCCCUGCGGCAUUUCCCUCUUCUCGGGCGUCGAGUUCGUCUGCUGCCCCAAGCACUUCAAGACCGAUGAGAUUCGCGUGAAGAAGACCGAUUUACCCGUAAUGCCUCCAGCACAAAUCUCCAGCACCAACGACGAACUGAACGCCAAUGAUGAUGAGGACAACAACGACUCGAAUUACUCGAAGGAUGGCAACGACGACGAGCUGGACGACGAAGAUGAUCUGAUGGGGGAUGACGAGGAGGAUGAAAUGGUGGCUGAUGAGGCAGCGGCGGCGGGCACUGGCGUUGGUGCCGAUGCAAAUAGCGGGGCGUUGGAUGACAUCAAUGCGGAGUACGAUAGCGGCGAGGAUAGCGACAAUUAUGAGGAUGAUGGCGCUGGUGCUGAGAGUGAUAUGGGCGGUGCCGAUAGCUGGGAUCAGAAUGGCAGUUCGAGUGGCGUGAAGCCGCCUGUGUUGAAGACCACCUCCUCAUCGCCAGCCACAGUUGUGGCCUCCGCCUCGGCCACAGAUGCGGACAAGUCCAAGACCAUGGAUGCAGAUGCUGCCAUCAAGCUCGAUGCUAAUGUCGUCACCGGCACACCACAGCUUUCGGCUGCUGCUGCUGCCGCCGCUGCGGCUGCAGCUGCUUCAGUCGGUGGUGCUGGCGGUGCUCCUCCGUCAACGGCCCAGCCCACAUCCGAUCCAUACUUCACGCACUUCGACCCCCACUACGAGCAUCAGAGCUACAAAGUAAGUCAGAAAGAAGCCCAACAGCGCCUUGAGGAAUCACAUCGCGAGAAGGUCACCCGAGUGAUGAAGGACUGGUCUGACCUAGAGGAGAAGUACCAGGAUAUGCGACUGGCCGACCCCAAAGCAGCCCAGAGCUUCAAACAGCGCAUGACGGCACGCUUCCAGACUUCUGUUCAGGCACUCGAGGAAGAAGGCAACGCCGAGAAGCAUCAGCUGGCGGCCAUGCACCAGCAGCGAGUCCUUGCCCAUAUCAAUCAGCGGAAGCGGGAGGCCAUGACCUGUUACACACAGGCCCUCACAGAGCAGCCCCCGAAUGCCCAUCAUGUUGAGAAGUGUUUGCAAAAGUUGUUGCGCGCCCUGCAUAAGGAUCGUGCGCAUGCCUUGGCCCACUACCGCCAUCUGCUGAACUCGGGCGGACCCGGCGGUCUGGAGGCAGCCGCCUCGGAGCGACCCCGCACUCUGGAACGCCUCAUCGACAUCGAUCGUGCCGUCAACCAGUCCAUGACUAUGCUGAAGCGCUAUCCGGAGCUGUCUGCCAAGAUUGCACAACUCAUGAAUGAUUAUAUUUUGGCUUUGCGCAGCAAGGACGACAUACCCGGCUCCUCGCUGGGCAUGAGCGAGGACGCUGAGGCUGGCAUACUCGACAAGUAUCGCAUCGAGAUUGAGCGCAAGGUGGCGGAGAAGGAGCGACUCCGGCUCGCCGAGAAGCAACGCAAGGAACAGCGCGCCGCCGAACGUGAGAAGCUGCGUGAGGAGAAGCUGCGCAUGGAGGCUAAGAAGGUCGACGAUAUGCUCAAGUCGCAGCAGGCCGAGCAACAGCAACAGCAGCAGCAGCAAGUCCAGCAACAGCAACAACAACAGCAGCAGCAGCAGCAACAACAACAGCAGCAACAACAACAACAGCUGGACAAGAGCGGCAACAGCAAGGAGAUCAGCGUAGAUGGUGGUCUGGUAACUGCGGCCAAUUUCAAUCUCGAUACGACAAAGAGCGAGAAGGAGUUGGCCGAUGCUGAGUAUGCCGAGGCCACAGUCAGCAGCACCAAGGUGCAGACCGUGCUGCCGACGGUUGAUGACGAUGCCGUACAGCGUGCGGUCGAGGAUGUGGCCGCUGCCGUGGCCCAUCAGGAGGCCGAGCCGCAGGUUCAGCACUUCAUGACACACGAUUUGGGUCAUCGCGAAUCGAGCUUCUCGCUACGUCGCGACUUUGCGCAUGCGCACGCGACCAAGGAGGGACGGAACGUCUACUUUACGCUCUCAUUUGCUGGCAUCGCCCUAAUGGCGGCCAUCUUUGUGGGCGUGGCCGUCGCCAAGUGGCGAACAUCACGCUCGCCACACGCGCAGGGCUUCAUUGAGGUGGAUCAGAAUGUGACCACACACCAUCCCAUCGUGCAGGAGGAGAAGAUUGUGCCGAAUAUGCAAAUCAAUGGCUACGAGAAUCCAACCUACAAAUACUUUGAAGUGAAAGAGUAAAUGGAGCACUUCUACAAUAUAUAUGUAUAACAAUAAUAACACAACAACAACAACAAAUACAUGCACCUAAAAGCAACAGCAAGAUGACGAACAACAAGAAGAAGAAUAAUAACAGCAGCAGCAACAACAACAACAACAAACAGAAGAGCAUGAUGGCACAUCAAGAAGAAAGACGUAAAUUAAACAUAAAGAACACUUUUUUUUGUCGUCAAAAAAGGAGCACAGUUCCGAAGAAAAUAAGCAUCUACUCGUAUAUAUAUAUUAAAGAAAAUGCAAAUGAAAAUGAAAAACGAGACAAACAUGAAAUAAAAACAGAAACGUCAAAGAACAUAUAUAAAACAAGCAAUUACAUUAAGGUAUUUACAUGUUUCAAAAAAAAAAAAAAACCAAAACAAAACCAAAGCAACAAAACAGCAAACAUCUCUAACUCUUUAGCUCACUAGCUCUCUUUCUCUCGCUCGCUAUCGCUCUAUCUCUUUCUCUCUCAACUAAAGAGAAACGCUUCAAAAGACAAAACAAAAACAAACGAGCAGUUGCAAAGGUCGCAGAAAACAUUCUUUUUUUUUUUGUCACACACACACAAUCACACACACAUAGAAGCUUAGUGAAAAAUGAAUGCAAAAUAAACUAGAUGUCAGAGAAUGGUGCAGAGAGUUAAGAAGAAAGAAAGAAAGAAAAUAUAUAUAUAACAAGCAUUUUUAUUCUUUCAUACAUACUCGUACUUACAUAAUACAUACCCGUACAUGCAUAAUACAUAUGUUGUUUUUGUUUAGCAAGUAUUAAGGAAACGAAUAAGUCAAGCAAGCUAAAUGAUAAUUAAAGCAAAGAGAGCAGAAGCUACAAUGGUAAAUGCAAAUUAAUGUGUAAUGAUGUUUAAACAAAACAAAACCAAAAACUUAUCGUGUAAGCCAAAAAUAAGAAAUUGCAAAACAAACAAAGAAAGAAAGAAAGCGCAAAUACAUAAGAAAAAAGGCAGAAGGCAGAAGGAACAAAACAAAAUGCUUUGAGUAUAAUAGCAAAAAGGCUAAAAGAAAAGAGAAAGAUAUUCCUAGUAAAUAAAUUGUCGAAACUCACACUCACACACAUAUUCAUACACUACCUAUACUUUGAAUGGCGGCGCUUGAAUGACGCGCAAAAAGUGUAGCACGCUUUUCAGCGUUUUCCAAACGACCGCUACACACAUACACACACACACACACACACAGCUUAGGAUGGAAGCUAGCAAAAUGAAAAAUACGUAAGCAAAGCAGCUAACACAAACACACACUCACACAUACAUACAUGUGAACCUAAGAGCUACCUACGCGUACUAAUCUCUAUAUAUGAACAUAUAUAUACAUACAUGCAUAUAUACAGCUCUAUAUAUAUAUGGCGAAAAAAUAACAAAAAAUCUAUAUAUGUAU